AUGGAGCUCUUCCACUUAAAUAAUUCAGGUUUUAAUCUUUCUUUUAGCCAUGCUCUAGAAUCGUACACAGCUCUUCCUUACGACAUGCGCAGUCCCUGCCCUUCAAAUCCAAUCAACCGACCAGCUUACCAAGGCAGCAACCCCAUCAGUGAUGUUUGGGCUCUUCAUGCUCUGCGCAUUGUGGCUAAAUAUUUGAAAAGAGCCAUCAGAAACCCUGAAGACCGUGAAGCAAGAGCCAACAUGCACCUGGCAAGUGCUUUUGCUGGUAUUGGCUUUGGCAAUGCUGGUGUUCAUCUCUGCCAUGGAAUGUCUUACCCUAUUUCUGGUUUGGUGAAAACUUAUAAACCAAAGGAUUAUAAUGUGGAUCACUCUUUAGUGCCACAUGGCCUUUCUGUGGUGCUGACAUCCCCAGCAGUGUUUGCUUUCACGGCACAGAUACGUCCAGAGCGGCACUUGGAAGCUGCAGAGAUACUAGGAGCUGACAUCCGCACUGCCAGAAUCAAAGAUGCGGGGUUUAUUUUGGCAGACACGCUCCGGAAAUUCCUAUUUGAUCUGAAUGUUGAUGAUGGCUUAGCUGCAAUUGGUUAUUCUAAAGCAGACAUCCCUGCAUUAGUCAAAGGCACUCUGCCUCAGGAGAGAGUGACUAAACUAUCACCACGUCCCCAUACAGAAGAAGACUUAUCCACUCUCUUUGAGGCUUCCUUGAAGCUUUAUUAGGUUCAACAUUUUGUUUGGAAAAGUGUGCUUUAUUCUAACACAAAGGUAAUUUCUUACAGAUAUGGGGCUGAAUUUGUUUAGAGAAUGGAAGAACUUGUGUGUCUUUGACUUUGGUGCCAUUGUACACUGCCAAAAGGUCAAGUAAUUAAUCUUUAACUAAAUAGUGCUCUGAAGUGAAGGCUUGACUGUGGGUUUUUUUCUUGCUCAGUAGUCAGUGGUAUUAACUUGCAUAAAAGUUGGAGCAGACUUCUCACUUUACUGAAGGCUUUCUUGUGCUUUAGAGGUGGUCAAAGGUAGAAAAAUGUUUUAAGGGAUAUUCCAAAAUAUUUUACAAAUUAUGGUUUUUAUU